GGAAACUGUCGUUAGAAACGCGGAGAGGAAGGGAGCGUCAGAGGGGACGGGAAAGAGGGGAGUUUUUGUUUAAAGGUUGUGCAAUAUAAUCCAUAGCAGCGGAACAUUUGAUGCAAGCUCGGAGACGAAGAAAUGCCAAACUUGGUUGGAGUGGAGCUCAGAAUUGAAAUAAGAGGCUUAAGGAGACUCGUGGUCAUUUCAACGUCGCCGCGUUUUUACAGAUUUCUUUAACGCGCAAAGCUGCAACAGGAAAAUAAAACUUCUGCAGACAUUUCUACACUUAUCUUUUUUUAUUAACUUUCUGCGGUAUCUUGACCGGUAAAAUAUCUCGCCCACUGCUGGCUCUAACUCCGUUUCUUCUAAAUAUAGGCACCGUUUAUGCUCGAGUGUCCUCGACGCAGCGAAGCGGUCCUAGAUUGGACAUUUGCAGCGCUGCCGGAGUUUAUAAUUAAAUUCUCAGAUCACAUUGAGUCAUUCGGGGUUUUUAAACCAACACAUUUUGUCUAAUUUGCUAAUCAGACACUUGACUCAAUUUGUGUGUUAAUUUAAAAGUAGGCGCGGUUCUGAUCAUAUUUUUCUGUCUAUUGUGAACCGCAGCAUGUUUAUUUAAAGACGCUUUGUAGCCAAUGACUGCUCUCAACAGAAGCCAUUUUUAAUUAUUUUAUUUGCAAGCUUGUCUUCAAUCACUGAACACGAGCUCAACCUCCUCUGGGCUGCAGCGUUCACCCGUGCACAUAACAUUUUAAGCACAUUUUCUAUUGUUCUCAAACCUCCAACGAUUUUUUUUCGUGCGCUUGGCUUUGGGCGCGGUGGAUGUGCCAUGGCUCGGUUUUUCCUCACCACCUAUGCGUUGGUGCUCGGGUUAACAGCGGGCUGGGCUGGAGCUGAACAGGAAAAGCCGACCGGGGAGAGCCCACCGGUGGGUACCCUACUUGGUCUGAUCACCGGGACCUGCCAUGAGAUUCAGCGGUACGCGGAGUCAGUGGUGGGAAGUGGAGUGAUACGGUCAGCUGCUGAGAGUGCAGUGUUGAGUCUUGAGUCAUUGCUUGGUCAGGAGAACGUCUAUACUGUGGCCAGGUUUUUGGAGAUGGUGAUCCGAUUCCUGGCUGAAGGAGCUGCCAGCGGCCUGAACGUCAUCGCUGUUUACGUCACAGAGAUCCUCAGGGUCACAGGAUUCGAUGUUGCACUGACGUUGCCCCGCUUCACUCCAGAGGGCGUGACCGCCAUCGCCCAGUGGGGUCUGGUGGCCCUCAUUGGCUACUGGGUGCUGACCAUCCUUCUCCGUCUGUUGAUUGGCAUCGUGAGGCGGGUGUUCUGGGCAGUGAAAACCGCCUUGGCUCUCUGGCUUUUCGGACUGAUCGUGAUUGACAAGAAUGCCACUGCAGAGACCACAGCAGUUCGAUUGGCUGGCCUGGUGGUAGGAUGGGUCCUGUUGACUCUGCUCACUUCUGGCUCUGAGAAUACUUCUGCAGUGGAGCACCGACUGAGCCAGCUGGAGGGCCGGCUGAAGGCAGUAGAGAAAAGGAAAGGGGAAUAGUGACCUGUGAGGGUGGAGGGGAAUGGAGUUAAGAUGGACAAAGGUGAUGGUAAUGUCGGUUAAGAAAACAGUAACACAGAUGGUUUAUAUGUGUCAAACUAUAAUGGGAAUAAAGUAAUCUCUGGGAUUUUUUUAAUCAGAAAUGUUCUUUUUCUUUGCCUUCAAGAAAUGCCAGAAUAAUAAAACCACAUGGUAUUUAUUUACUAUGACAAAUAACUGUAAUCACUGACACACAAUGGUAGUGAAAUCCUGCAAUAGCUAGUGUGCAGGAGAUUGGAUAAUUUCACAAGUCAGAUUACAGGGUUUAAAGUUUCCGGUGCUGUGCCGGAAUUCCGGCGCGAGGUGUUUUUGUAUUUGACAAUAUAUAAAUAUGUCUGUGGAAAUAUUCUUGCAUAUUUUUUAACUGUUACGUGUGUGUGUGUGUGUGUGUGUGUGAAGCGCCAGUCUUCCUCUGCACAAUUGGUGGCUCGAUGUCUGUGUAUAGACGAAAGAAAAGCGACUGGCUACAUGGACAUUCAGUGGCUAUUGUAGGCCGUGGACAGGGCAUGGAAGUUUCUAUUGGGUCAAUUAAGGUGUCACUCAAAAGGUCAAUGUGUAGACACGUUUUUUGUUUACAUGCCAGCUGUAGUUAGGCUAAUAUAAAGCGAAGCAAUAGGAGUCCGUGUGUAUUUAUUGAUAUAAUAAUACAUUUUGGACUAAAUAUUUUACUGGAUUGGAUCGUCUGGACCCUUGCCAAUGUAACAAGGCCAUUUUUGUUGGAAUGUAAUCCACCGGUGUAGUAUGGCUUCACAGAUUAGUGGUGUCAAUUUUGAUUAUAGGCAGUACUUGAAGUGGGCCACCCAUACCAGUAAGUUACUUCUACAUUUUACUCUUUGGCUUUAAUUCAUUUAAAUCAUGAACAAAUAAGCACUUUAAUUUGUUGAGGAAAAGGGACUGCAAAAAAUACUUAAUUGAAAUUUGUUUUAUCAUGAUAACAUUUUCAGCCGUAUUGCCCAGCACCUAUAUUUUCCACUUCAAACACUGAUUAUAGGAAGUGGCAGAAAAUGUUACCAGAAUGCAGGAAAUGAACUGUUUAAUGCUCAAAAUCUCCAAGGGGAGGACCCCCUGACCUGACAUCAUAUAUUUCGACAUUGAACAUUUUAUCAAACCAGUGUACAAUUAUCUUCUUGUCUUCUUCUUGUGAACCCAGAAUUGUUUUUUCAUGUUUCGUGAGCUAAGUGUAUGUCAGACCCCUAAUCUGAGUCCCUAUGUCCCCGUCAGACACAUGAUUUAGACAAACACACACACAUUGAGAAUUCACUGUUGCCUUUCUUCAUCACCUCUGCGCUCAUUUUAACUUCAGAUAAAUGUCCCAUAGAAACAGGUAACAUGUUUUUAACAUUGUUCUGCACGUGUUUGCAUAAACACUUGUGUGCAAGUUAAUAACCUAAACUCUUAUCAAACACAAUGCUAGGUUGCCCCUGAGGUUGAUGUCUGACUGCUUCUAUAUGCACCUCAAGGGGCUCUUGCCCCCUACCCUCCACCUUUGUCGUAAAUCCCGAACACAUUUCAGGCACAGAAAAAUGUCUUGCUUUAAGCCCUGAGAUUGUAUAUUGGCCUCUGUCUAUAUUGUCGUUUAUGCGAUUGCAUGAGAAUAAAAAUGAAGGCAAAAUUA